AAAAAGACAGCCAAAGUUACUUAUCACAUGCAUUCCACUUCCACAUACAAAAGCCAAAAUUUCCCUCACUAACAAGAAAAGCACAAAACCUACAUCCUAUAUUAUCUAUUCUCCCUUACCACCCAAAAUAUAAACCAGAUUCAUAGCUCUGCUUCUUCUUCUUCUUCAUAUUCCCUGCUAUCUCCUUAUUCCCAACACUUCUUUUUCCUUCUUUACCUUAAUUUUCUUUCAAUCCAAAUGAAACCCACCAACUAAUAACCCCACUAGACUUUGAUCAAAUAUUUCUCUCCUUUCCUUACUUAUCUUACCCAUUUGUGACACCAUCCGAGAAUAUUUCUCACAAUGAGGACUGGGAUUUGCACUGUUCAGCAGGCUCUAACUGCUGAAGCUACAACAAUGGUGAAACAAGCUGUAACACUUGCUAAACGGCGAGGACAUGCCCAAGUCACACCUCUCCAUGUAGCAAGUGCCAUGCUUGCCACCUCCAAUGGUCUAUUGAGAAAGGCUUGCCUUCAGUGCCAUUCUCAUCCACUCCAAUGCAAAGCUCUUGAGCUUUGCUUCAAUGUAGCUCUCAAUCGCCUCCCUGCUUCCAAUCCAAGCCCCAUUUUAGGCCCUCACUAUCCUAACCCUUCCUUCUCUAAUGCCUUGGUUGCUGCUUUCAAGCGAGCUCAGGCUCACCAACGCCGCGGCUCCAUUGAAAACCAGCAGCAGCCUAUCUUGGCAUUGAAGAUAGAGCUUGAGCAGCUCAUAAUCUCAAUCUUGGAUGAUCCAAGUGUGAGUAGAGUCAUGAGAGAAGCUGGUUUUUCUAGUACUCUGGUGAAAAACAGAGUUGAACAAGCUGUCUCUUUGGAGAUUUGUACCCAAAAAACUAGUCCUCCUUGUAAUUCUCUUCCUCCUAAUAACGACCAUUCCAAGGAGUCUCAGUCAGCUCCUUAUAGCAAACUUCCGGUUAACUCGAUCAUGAAACCCUUUGAGCAAAUCAGGAAUGAUGAUGUUAUGAGUGUGUUGAACAUCAUGUUGAACAAGAGGAGGAACAUGGUUGUUGUUGGGGAGAGUUUGGGAACAGCAGAGAAUGUGGCAAAGGGAGUGAUGGAGAAAUUUGAGAGAUCAGGAAAUUAUGUUAACAAUUUUCAUGGUGAUUUCAGGUACAAUUUGCAAUUUGUGAAUCUUCCUCUAUCUUCUCUGAGGAGUUUAAACAAAGAAGAGGUUGAACAGAAGCUUGUGGAGCUUAGAUGUAUUGUGAUGAAAAGCUAUAUGGGAAGAGGGGUUGUGUUGUAUUUGGGUGAUCUUUUAUGGGUUUCUGAGUUUUGGUCAAAUUAUAGUGAGAAAAGGAGGAACUCAGGCUAUUGUGCUGCAGAGCAAAUAAUAAUGGAGCUUAAAAGAUUGGUCUCUGGAAUUGGUGACAAUGGAAGGUUGUGGCUAAUGGGGAUUGCAACUUUUCAGACUUACCAGAGAUGCAAAACUGGUCACCCUUCUUUGGAAGCCAUUUGGGAACUUCAUCCUCUUACUAUACCUGGUGGAAGCUUGAGGCUCAGUCUCAAUCUUGACAGAGAUGUGCAAGCUGAGAGGAGUACCAGGGAAACCAAAGAUGUGUGUGUUAGUAAACAACUAAGUUGCUGUGCUGAUUGCUCAGAAAAUUUUGAUAAAGAAGUUCAAAGCAUACCAUCUUCCACAAAUAUUCAGCACAAGUCAAGCUUGCCUUCAUGGCUCCAAAAGUACAGGGAAGAAACCACAAGAAACACUUUGAAAAUUGAUCAGGAAUGUAUCACUGUCACGGAUCUCUGCAAGAAAUGGAACUCAUUUUGCAGUUCAGUUCACAAAAAUCCCCAAAAAACCAUCAACAAUCUGUCUUCAUCUCCUUCUUCUUCCAAUUCCUUCUCUUCGUACGAACACAACCUGAACUUCCACCAGAACCAAACUCAACCACCACCUGCUUUUGGAUCUAAACACUCAUCAUCACCAAAAGAAUACCAAUUCUGGGUGUUGGAUAACACCGAUGAUCACGAGUACGAAAACGAUGUCAAAAUGUUCAUCCCAGAUACAAACAACAUCCAACCAAAACCAGAACUCUUAUCCAAUCCAAACUCAAGCCCAAAUUCAGCUUCUUCGAGUGAGGUGAUAAUGGAGGACACAGAGAACCUCAACAGUUUCAAAGAACUCAACAAUGAAAACAUCAAACUUCUAUGCGAUGAGAUGGGGAAGAAAGUGGAUUGGCAGAAAGAGAUAGUCCCUGACAUUGUCGAAACGAUUCUUCAAUGCAGAUCAGGGUUGAGAAAAAGAAAAGGAAAUGAUAAUCAGGAACACAAAGAAGAAAGUUGGCUUUUUUUCCUUGGUGAUGAUUCAAAAGGCAAAGAGAUGAUUGCAAGAACAUUAGCCAAGCUCAUUUUCGGUUCUCGGAACAACUUCUUAUCAAUCGGUCUGAGCAGUUUCUCAUCGACUAAGAUCGAUUCCAAUGAAGAAAUCAACAAAAAGAGGACGAGAAACGAAAUGGGAAGUAGUUAUAUUCAGAGAUUUGGUGAAGCAGUUAAUGAGAAUCCUCACAGGGUGUUCUUCAUGGAAGAUGUGGAGCAAGUUGAUUACUAUUCUCAAAAGGGUAUUAAGAAUGCCAUUGAUAAUGGAAGAAUAAGACUUGAUUGUGGUGAAACUGUUCCACUUAAAGACGCCAUAGUUAUCUUCAGCUGUGAAAGCUUUAGUGGUUCAGUAAUUUCCAGAGCUCCUUCUCCUAAUAGAAGUAAAAAAACAGAGGAGACAAGCAGAGAAGAUGAUGAUGAAAAUGAGUUGGAGGAGAGAAGCUUGCCACGCGUUUCGCUUGAUUUGAAUAUCGCCAUUGAAGAUCAUAAAAAUAAUGGAGAUGAUUAUAAGGAAGAUAUUGGUAUAUUGGAAUCUGUGGAUAUGAAAAUCCUUUUCAAAAUUAGUGAAGAAUUGUAACAAAUUAGAGGGUACAAUUAAUCAAUAGAUCUUUCAUUAACAAAGUU